UUACGGCGGUUACCGUGUUUUCCUUUCCCCUAUCCCUGUUGCCACACACUACUCGUAGAUCUCCUAGAUCACCGUGCAGCCGUAAAGGAUCGUAAAGGAUGGAGAAGUAUCAGAGCUUACUUGAUGCGUUUCGUGUGAUAUGACAUGGCGUUUGACGUUUGUGAGAAUGAAUUAAGAAAUGAAAGUAUUUGAAUUAUAGAUCUAAUACACGCUGCAUUAGUUACCCCGAUUAUUAUCGUAUUCCAGUUUGAAUGUAAUAUAUUUUUGUACAUACGGUUAUGUGUCGACGUGAACUACUGAAAUUGAAACAUGGCCAACCUGUUGGAAGAUGCCAACAAGGAAAAUGAUUUUGUGACGAAAAUCGCAGUUACUGGUGAAAUUAGUUACGGAGAUAUUGCCGCGAAACUUAUCAACGAAAAUUUACUCCUCACAGCUCUCGAACUUCACACAGAACUCGUAGAAGCAGGACGCGAAGUUCCGAAAUUAAAAGAAUUCUUUUCGAAUCCAGGAAACUUUGAACACCAAGCAGCAUCUCGUCCAGAAAUAUCGCAACCAAUCCCAAGGUCUUCCAGCCAAGCUACCCUUGAUUCUUUAGAUCUCACAAGGUAUUCUGAAGAUGGGGAACGUGGAAUUGAUGAGAGAGUUGCGGUUCUGGAGUUCGAAUUGCGAAAAGCCAAGGAAACUAUUAGUGCUCUUCGAGCCAACUUGACAUUAGCAACAGAAUCAGAAGCAACAACUCCAGAUGCUGGGUCACUGAGGCUUAUCAACAAUGAGCCAAUCAAGCCACAUGAACAGCGUGCGCUUAAUUUCCUUGUGAAUGAAUAUCUCUUAGUGCAUGGCUACAAACUCACAUCCAUUACAUUUGCAGAUGAAAAUGCAAAUCAGGAUUUUGAAGACUGGGAUGAUGUCGGUCUGAACAUUCCAAAGCCUGUGGAGUUGCUCAGCUUAUAUAGAGAUUUUAUGCGCCAAUCUGGCCAUGUGAGGUCACCUUGCCACCAUGUAGCAUGCCAAACAGAUUGGUUGGCAGAGGAUCUGAAGAGGGACGCAGAGAUGCAGGAGUUGAUAGUGGAAAUGGAGCAGCUAAAGGAACAUAUUGAUGCUUUGGAACAAGAGAAGCAAGAAUUGAAGAGGCUGUGGGCGCAAGAAAACCAACUCGUUGGAGAAACAGUAUCUAGCGUCACCACCCCAGGUUCUGAAGCAGUUGGUAUGGUGACUGGCGAGACAGUUUCGAUGCACAGUAUGACUCCUGAACGCUUUGAACUGAUUGAGGCUGAAGGGAGGAAUAUGGAUGAAAGUGAAGUUGCAGUACAAGGGGAAGAUGAUGGGUCAGUGUUGAGUCUGGCUGAUACGGACACAGAAUGGACACGCAUAAUGCUGCCACCUGUGGCAGUUAGUGAUAACACUCCUGUUGACUCAUUCAAACCUGUUAAUGAGGUUGCCUAUCCACAUGUUGUAUGUAGCUGUCCUCUGUCUAGACCACUGCCAGUUGCUUUCCAACAAGAAGUUUUGGCUCGUUGCUUCGUGAAUACCUCUCAGCAACAGGAUGGCCAGCAGAUAGUGGAGAUGUUAAGUGAAGGAAUCUCUGAAAAACGUUUAGUGUACAUUUUGGGUCACAGCUUACCAAGAAUUAUUCCUAAUGUUAUACUCAACAAGCGGGAGGAACUGAUUCCAUUGAUAAUGUGCACUAUCCACUUACAUCCAGAAGCAUCUGGGCGAGAUGUUCUGUUACAUUUGCUGUUCAACCUGAAGAAACGCCCACAAGAAGAUGAGAGGAGGAGGAUUCUUGCAGGAAUUGUGGGUAUUGCACAGUGUUCGGGGCUAAGUGUUGUGGAAAAUGAGAUUUUACCUCAGUGUUGGGAGCAGAUCAAUCACAAAUAUGUUGAAAGGAGACUCCUGGUGGCUGAAUCCUGCAGUGCCCUUACUCCAUAUGUCUCAAGUCCAAUUCGAAACUCCUUAAUGCUGUCCAUGCUUCAGCAGAUGCUUCUAGAAGACAAAAAUGAUACAGUAAGAGAAACUGUGAUCUGUAGUCUGGCACUCAUUGUUACUUUCAUGGAUGAUAAAGAUAAAUAUUUUCAGUGUGAGGAGCUGGCAAUGGCUACUUUGGAAGACACGUCUGCUGGUGUGGUGGGAUCUGCUACUCAAAUUCUCAUCCCAGUUCUUGCAAAGUGGGCCUUUGAUUUGGGUCGACUUCAGAGCCAUCUGCUGACUCGUUUGUUGCUGAAACUCAAGUCUCAGAUUAAGACUUCACUGUCAGAGUCAUCAGGGUCACUGUCACAUAGGAGAAGCUCAUGCAGUGACCAGAGAUGUGCAUGGUCUGUGACAGUGCUCCAGACACUGGUGCCUUACAUUGUGAUGUCUGUAGCAGCUGUGGACACCAUCCUUAGCAGAAUCACAAGUUCUACUCCAAUUGUGCAGAGACAAGAAUUUUCUGCAUUGGGUCAUGGAUUGACAAAUCCUUCUGUCUUCUAUGAAGGCGAAUAUGAUGUUGGUUUAAUCUUGGGUUCUUUUGAGUCAUAUGUUAGUCAAGAAUGGUUUGAAGAUUGGACGGAGCUGGAGUGGACAUGUAACACCUUGUUGCCAGGUCUGCUCGACAUUCUUAAAGGAGUUGAACUUUCUCAGGAAUUGCUAGUUUCAUCAUUUAUUAAACUAUUCAGAUCUUUGUGCCGUGGAUUUGGGAAGUCUUUCACAAGAGAGAAGGUGUUACCGCUGUUUGCAGAAAGGCUUCAGAGUCUUGAACAGAGUUUGAUGGAUGUUGGCCAGGGAGCAGGCUGGCCACCUUUAUCUAUUGUGCCUGUAUAUCUCAUAGGGGUUGUAGCAUCAGUGCAGGAUGCUGAGGCAAGUGAUGAGUUAUGUGCACAGUUGAAGAGAUUCCUCUGUGCACUGCCAGUCUGUGGCACUCCAUUGGACUGUCUAGACAUGAGUGUGCAUAGUCUCUCCAAGGAGCCAGACCAUCAAGAUGCAGUGUUGACUGCACUGUGGGAGGGUGUGGUACACCCACGACCUGUUGUUCGUAGUGCAGCAGCAUCUCUGUUUGUGGCAACAGUGGGCAGUUUAUCAGAAGUUCUAAUGGCAACCCGUGUCACUCCUGCGCUUGUUACUCUGGCCAGUGACCCAGACUUAUCUGUGAGAACUGCAACAAUUCCAGCCUUUGGUACUUUAAUCAACAACACAACCAUGAAAGAAGUUCAAGAUAAAACAUACAUGCAAAUCCAGAGUUUCCUGUCUGAUCCGAUGACACGUGAAAACCACUCUAUGCUGCUGCAGUUGGUAGCUACCAUGGGUCACAUCAUCUCAGCCUGUGAGGCAUGGUUCAGGGAGGAAGUAAUUUUGCCUCAACUAGCAGGAAUGGCAGCAUAUGCAUUGCAUAUGUCCAAUCAGACACGAAAGUUGGACCUGGCAGUCACUCUUGUUGAAAGUUUCUCGUCUGCUGUUUACUGUGCUCUGUCCAAGCAGACCAUAAGCACUGCAUUACUUCCCGGUCUCAGAUGUUUGGAGCAAAUCAGCAGUCAGUCAUUACCAUCUCAUCAUGAUACAGUCCAGGCCAUGAUAAAAGGAGCAGAAUCUCGCAUUGAAGUACAGCGAGCUCCGGAGAGGUCUGGCAGUAUAAGCCUCGCGAUGGCAACUGCUAAUGUUGAAGAUAUGAAGCAAAGAGUAUCCAAGAUAUUUCAUAAUAAACCAGUGGUGAAUCGACCAGCCAAUCUGGCUUAUAUUCCUGGCAUUUUCCGAAAAAAAUGAGUGACUCUUUCCAGGCAUGUUGAACAGACAUUUAUCAGGUUUAUCUUUGCAUUCGUCCCUCAUAUUAUCCCAUAUGCUGAGUUCAAGUCUGCAGAUGAGAGAGGGAGGCUGACAGUAGAUUGUCAGCCAUAAUGGGUCAUGCUGUUUCAGCCCUCAGAGGUCCAGGUUCAGUUUUUUUAGCAAUUCUUGUGCUAUUUAGGGUAGACAGAGUGACACUGGGACAGGUCUGUCUCUGAAUACUUCAGUUUCCCCCUUCUGAUCAUCAGUCUGUAUCGACCCUGAUGAUGGAGGUGGAGCAGGUUUCUAAAAUGUUGGUUUUUAACCCAACUUUGAAGCAUCCAAGAGGAUUUUAAUGCAGAUAGGCUCGUUUGUGUUGAUCUGACUUGAGUAGUUUUAAUGUAAUAUUUUUAAUAGGGAAAUAAAUUCUAUAUGAACUUUACUGAAUAUGUGUUGCACUUUUUUAUUGGUGCAUGCAACUGAUCCAUCUGGCCAAGCAAUGCACUUCUUUCAAUAUAAAUAACAUUAGAUAAUAAAUUAAAAUCUGGCCACCAGCUUUUCUAGGAAGGGGCAGGUUCUCAUACAGGUGUGGAGAGAUAAAAGAGAUGUGAAACUUAUCUCCACUCUUCACACAGCAAAAAUCGUGGAAUCUGCAAAAACGAAUCGCAAAGGAGAAAAAAUAUGCAGACCCGAGGUAAUUGGGGACUACAAUAAACAUAUGAGAGGGGUUGACAGGGCCGACAAAUGCUGCAUUAUUAUCUUGUUCCCGCAAAACUGUAAAGUGGAUAAAGAAACUGGUGUUUUUCUUGUUGCAAAUAGCAGCGUUGAAUAGUUUCAUUCUAUUCAAAAAGAACACAACGAACGAAAAAUACAAGAAGAGAAAAUACAAAUUCAA